AAGUGGGCCCCCGUCGACGGGAUGAUCAUCAUCAAGGUAUAUGUUCAAGACACCGAUGACACCUGGAAAGUUCGCGUUCCGGAGGACAUUACUCUACAACGAUUCACGUCGAAACUCCUUUCGAAGCUUGGAUUCCACGUCGCAUUUAGCGGUAGCUGUUUCGAUGGUCCCGAAUAUUACUUCCGCACGGACGACGUCUUUCGGUGUUGGGUCGCCACACGUAUCCGAAAUGGUCGUAACCUCCCCAUAGCCGCACACGUC